GUAAAUAAACAAUUGAACUGACAUUUGAACGGCCAUUUUGUGUUUGAAUUCAAAUUUUUAAAAAGAAGCUUAAAAGUUGUGCUAGUAAAUUCGGAACAUUUCGAAUUAACCGAAUAACAAUUGCACUGCGAAAGGAAGACGAUAAAUUUAUUGAUGCUAUGGAAGAAUUUAAAGGAGACGAUACAUCUGAGAAUAAUAACAUUAAAAAAGAAGUCGAUGUCUCCUUAUUGUAUCCAGAUGUGAUCUUCAAAGAAACCAACGAAGUCAUUAACACAAAAAACGAAGAGUUGGUAAACGAUAAUAUCGAUGGUGAUCCAGUGGAUUAUACCAUCACUGGAUUUGAUGAAGCGAUAUUUCAAUUAACUCCAGAAGAAAUAAAAAUUAAAAAAAAGUAUUUUAAAUGGGGUAACCGAAUACAGAAUACAAGAAUCGAGUGUACGUCGUGCUGCAAACACUUGAGUAAUGCCCUAACCGAAUUCAAAAACGUGUUUGUCCAUCCUAUUUUGAGCGUCAUCAUUUGCAAAGAAUGUUUCGACUUUUAUAUGAACGGUACCUUCAGUAUCGAUAUGGACGGCAUGGAGAUGUACUGUAGAUGGUGUGGCCAAGGCGGGCAAGUGUUUUGUUGCAACAAGUGCCCUAAAGUUUUUUGCAAGAUUUGCAUAAAAAAUAAUGUAUCAUCUAAGCAAUUUACAACGAUUCGUGAUAGCGAAUAUUGGGAAUGUUUUGCUUGUAAUCCUAAACCAAUAAUGCGUCUCAAGAUUCAGUGUUACGAACUUGUAAAAUACGUUCAGAGGAAACUCACGCGAUUAGACAACGAACACAACGAUAAGAAACGAAAAUCUACGACAUUUACCGAAAACAAAACGUCCAAAAAAAACAAACUAUCCGAAAAUCACGUCGAAGAUGAAGCUAUAAAAAUAAGUGAUACCAAAGAAGAAACAGAAAAUGCUACAAGUUCGAAAAAGACAUUUGCGCCUGACGAAGAAUUGUCUCUUGAAAAAGAAAAUUUAAAUCCAGUUCCACUUAACACGACAUCAUUACCUCCAAAAAGAGAUCCAUUACCUUCCGCAUCGAUUAACUUGCAUAAACCGACUAUAUACGUACCGAUAUCCAAGUUAACAUUAUCGAGACCCGCACAACUCAAUCCCCCACUUAUUCCCAGAGCGAUUUAUACCAAUAACUCUGUUGGUACUCCAGCUGCAGGUGUUCAAAGUACUCCUAUUGUUACAUCAGCUACGCCACGACAGGCUGUAAUAAAUCACGCCAUAUCUCGCGUUAUAUCUCGAAGGGUGGUUGGUGCCCAUAACCAUCAUAUAUAUUAUGUUGCGUAUCCCAAUAAUGAGAUGACAGGCACCAACAGAAUUAAUGCUAAUACCCCGGGAUCCGAUACGUACGGCACAAGACAGGACAACACUAAUUCUACACCGGCAGAGCAGGAAUCCAAAGUUCAACAAUUGACUCAGCGCGGAGAUUUCCUUAAAAAACUUGGUGAAAUAAACCAAUCGCUAUUUUUGUCGGCCCUGGCGAGUUCUUCAUGCGCCACAUCAACUUUGAAUAUAUACCAAGCUUACAAUAAGAUGACAUCAUUUAAUGAAAUGCUACAAGUAUACAAUUCUUUUGAAAAAUCAUUAAAAACAAUGACCGAAUCAUUAAUUCACAUUAGAAGUCAGUUGAUAGUCAACAAUAUAUCUACGAGUGGACUAAAUAAGAAAUAAAAACAAUUCAGUUGAUAAGCCCAACAAUUGUAUUUUGAUUUGAUAUUUUAGACAGUUCUAGUUUGAUUGUUCGAUGUUUUGUAUUUCAAAUAUAAUGAAUAAAUCGUGUUCCUUUACC